AGUUCUAGCAUCGUGGACAUUGGCCUUAAGAAAAUGUACACUAGUGUAACUUAACAUGAAGACGACGGGGCAUCUUAUUACAACUUUGAGAAUGUUGUCCAAAUUACAAUAUUUUUAGUAAGAUACAUUAUAUAUAUAAUUUAAGAGCUCCAUUAUAUUACUUAUUUUAUUACUCUAAUGCGUGCGUGUCUCACAAAUGAUUGUAUCAAGUUUCUUUCGACGUAAUUGUAAUAAAGUGGGUCAAAGACUCGACAAGCCAGGCAUUCUGAUGACUUAUAAUUAGACAAAAGAUUCUGACGUGACAUACACACAAAAAGAUUGUAUAUUAGGUUUCAUAAGGUGACUAAAAUUCGAGAUAGUAUUAUAUUAUAAUUAUUAUAUUAGUUUAAAUUAUUUUCGACGUCAUAGAUUUCAUCGAGAGAAAUUUCAUUACGUUAUUAUGUCUAGGUUACCGACGAUUCAGUUGUAACAGGACUAUCAAUCAUUGAAAUUGAUUAUCAAUCAUUGAAAUCAAUAUAUGUCUUAGAUGUGGAAUAAGCGCGGCAACCGUUGGUCUCAAAAUGUUGGCAGAGCAGAAAUUUUCGUAUUAUAUACUCGUGCAUAUACUCGAGAGGCAAUUGGAAUGUUCGGGAUGUUGUGCGACAAGAGGCCCCUCCGUUCGAGGCCUCCAUCCUCCAUCCUCCAUCUUCCACUCGACUAUAUAAAAGCUAGCCGCCGCUGAAGGUACGCUUUAGUUUUUCAGUCUUGCCUGCGGCGUCAAGAGCUGAAAAAGAAAUUGUUCUUCUCUCGUACUCGGCGAUUUUUAUCAAUCAUUAUGACGAAGGGAUAUCUUCUCGUCUUAUUGAUCUCGCUGGUGGCUUUGGUGGUCGCCGACGAAAAGUAUACCAGAAAAUACGACGACGUGAACGUGGAUAAGAUCCUCCAAAAUAAUCGUGUUCUCACUAGUUACAUUCGGUGCCUGAUGGACGAGGGACCUUGCACUGCCGAAGGUCGCGAGCUAAAAAAGACUCUGCCGGACGCUUUGUUGAGCGGUUGCGACAAAUGCAGCGAUAAACAGAAAGAUAUGGCGGAAAAAGUGAUAAAUCAUCUUAAAACAAAACGAUCGAGAGACUGGGAUCGUCUCGUCGCAAAGUACGAUCCCCAGAGCGAAUACAAAAAGCGCUACGAGAAAUCAUAAUUUCUCACAAGUAUUUUAAUGCUAUUUCUACAUUUUUACACGAGAAACAAGAAUCAUUAUACUAUAUAUAUAUAUAUCAUAAAAUAUACAGUAUCGUGAAAUGUGUUCAACAUUUAUACGGUCGAUAUUCGCGAACAAAUGCACAAUGAUGCAACCGAAUGGAAUUCAGUCGAUAUAAGAAAAAAAUUAAAUUUUACUUACUGAA